CUAGUUUGGAAUAACUCGGUGUGAGAAUACGAGAUUAAGAGCUUUCGUGCCUACACGUAAAACUGAGAAAAUAUACAUUUAUAUACAUUCACAAAUUCAAUUGAACUGAUUCAUAAACUCUUAGUACGCUAAAACCACUCGACCGUGUCAGACUAGUAUAAAAGCGACACCAUGGCCGAUAGCGAGUCACACUUGCUCGGAGACGAAGAGGACGAGGAAAUGCCUCUCACUGAACGCGACCUAGCGGACGACGCGCAAUGGAAGUUAAUUCAGAAAAAUACCUUCACCAGGUGGGCUAACGAACACCUGAAAACUGUUAAUAAGGUCAUUAACAACUUAGAAACGGAUUUUUCCGAUGGAUUACGAUUAAUUGCAUUAGUGGAGGUUUUAUCAGGCAAAAAAUUCAAGCAUGUCAACAAGCGACCUAAUUUCAGAACCCAAAAAUUGGAAAAUGUUACCAUGGUGCUGGAAUUUUUGGAGAGGGAUGAGGGAAUCCGAAUCGUCAACAUAGACAGCUCAGAUAUAGUAGACAGCAAGAUCAAGUUAAUUCUAGGCUUAAUAUGGACCCUUAUUUUACACUACUCUAUCUCCAUGCCAAUGUGGGAGGGAGAGGAACCGACCCCCUCAGAAGGUGGACCCACCCCCAAACAGAGACUGUUGAACUGGGUCCAGAGCAAGAUCCCAGACCAGCCAAUCAAAAACUUCAGCACAGACUGGAACGACGGACGUGCCAUUGGAGCACUUGUCGAUGCUGUUGGACCUGGUCUCUGCCCUGACUGGGAAGAUUGGAAUCCUAAAAAUGCCAAGAAAAAUGCCAAAGAAGCCAUGGACAACGCUGAGAAAUGGCUGGAUGUUCCUCAGCUCAUCAAGCCCGAGGAAAUCACAAAUCCCAAAGUGGAUGAAAUGUCCAUGAUGACCUAUUUAGCCCAGUUCCCCAAGGCCAAGCUAAAACCCGGUGCCCCCGUUAGACCACGCCUGAACGCUAACCGUGUCCGUGCUUAUGGACCGGGUCUGGAGCCCAAAGGUAACCAGGUCGGAGCACCUGCCCGCUUCACCGUGGAGACCUUCAGUGCUGGAAAAGCUACACUUGAGGUCACAGUGCUCAACCCCAAAGGAAAGAAAGAAACUUGUGAAGUUGUGUUCAAUAAUGACAGAAAUCUGACCUACUCCUGUGUGUAUGUACCAAGUAUGGAGGGGGAGUACAAGGUUAUCAUCAAAUUUGGAGAAAAGGAGAUCAACAAGUCACCAUUUUCAGUCAAGGUUGAGGGCGCAGCCGGUGACCCGACCAAGGUCACAGCCUCAGGACCGGGUCUGGAGAAGACGGGUGUCAUAGCAACAAAGAGGACUUACUUCGAAGUCUUCACAAAGAAUGCAGUUCCAGCAGAAUUAUUAAGUGACAUAGAUGCAGUAAAAAUAGUAGUAGCCCCAGGAAAGAAAGAUGCAGGUAAAGGCAGCAUUGAUGUGGUUAUUCUGGACCCCCAUGGCAGGAAGGACACAAUUCGCCCCAGUAUCGCCCCAGUCCCCGGAAAGGAGGGAACUUAUCUGGUAGAAUACAUCCCCAUGGAGCAAGGUGUCCACUCCAUCAACAUCAUGUUCGCUGGUCAACAGAUUCCCAAGAGCCCAUAUGGGGUCAAUGUCUCACCAGCUUCUAAUGCCAAGAUGUGCUAUGCCACUGGCCGAGGUAUCCAGCCAAGGGGGAUAAGAGUAAACGAGAAUGCAGAGUUCAAAGUCCACACGAAGGGGGCGGGAGCAGCAGAGGUCAAAAUUCAUAUCAUUGGUCCAGGUGGAAUUGAUGUCAAAUGUACCUCAAAGAAGAGUACAAAAGAGGAGGGAGUGUAUGAAUGUGUGUACGUCCCCCUAAAACAAGGCCAGUAUAUCAUCAACAUCACAUUCGGAGACCAGCACAUUGCCAAGAGUCCAUUCAAAGUUGACGUCGGUCCAGCUAAAACAUCCAAGAUUCGAGCUUACGGACCUGGUCUGGAGGGAGGAGUGGUCAACCAGCCUGCUCGCUUCACUGUGGAAACCAUGGGAGAAACUGGGGCCCUAGGAUUUUCAAUUGAGGGACCGUCCCAGGCUAAGAUUGACUGCAAGGACAACUCUGAUGGGUCAGCUGACGUGACCUAUUACCCCACGGCCCAGGGAGAAUACGCUGUACACAUCUUGUGUAACGAAGAAGACAUUCCCAAAUCUCCCUACAUGGUCCAAAUCCAACCCGAGACCAAGGCAUUCAAUGCUUCAAAGGUAACUGCUUUUGGACCAGGUUUGGAGAAAUCGGGAGUGGUUCAGAACAAGUGGACAGAGUUCACCGUAGACGCCAAGAAGGCAGGCAAGGCGGCACUGAACAUCAGCUGUUUAGAUGUGGACCUGAAACCCAUCCCAGUAGAGAUUGUGGACAAAAAGGACGGUACCUUCCAAUGUAAAUACAUGCCCAAAAAGUCCUGUAAACACACCAUCACCAUUACAUGGGGAGGAGUUCAGAUCCCCAACUCACCAUUCAGGGUACAAGUUGGAGAGCCUAGCAAACCAGCUAAUGUCAAAGUGUAUGGCCCCGGUGUCGAAAAGGGAGUCAAAACCCACGUCAGUACCUACUUCAUUGUGGACUGCACUACCGCUGGACCAGGAGAUAUUGGCAUCGCUCUGACGGACGCAAAUGGACGUGACGUCCCUGUCAAGACCACUGACCAGAAAGAUGGAACCUUCAAAGUGGAAUAUGAACCAGUCAACCCAGGCACAUACGUGGUGGCUGUAUACUUCGCUGGAAAGGAAAUUCCCAGUAGUCCUAUUAAAGUACCAGUGGAGGCCAGCAUUGACCUUAGCAAGGUCAAGGUCGUAGGACUUGACAAACCCAUGACAGUCAAUAAAGAAAGAGAAAUUCAGAUUAUCACAAAAGCCGCUGGUAAAUCUACUGCCUCACCUCGUGUCACCGUGACAACUCCCAGCAAAAAGAAGGUGGAACUGAAGGACAAACCUAUCCCCGAGGGUUUCCAGACUUUCUUUACCCCAACAGAAGUGGGCUCUCACAAAGUGGAGGUAACCUAUGGUGGCAAACCUGUACCCAAGUCACCGUUCACAGUUGAUGUCUUGCCCGAUGCUGCCAGCAAAGUUAAGGCCUAUGGUCCAGGUCUGAAAGGGGGCAGUGCUAAUGCUCCUGCUGAGUUCACCAUUGAUUCUCGUGCUGCCACAACCCCAGGAGAACUUGGGGUCACAAUUGAGGGACCCAAGGAGGCUAAGAUUGAGACCAAGCAGAACCCUGAUGGAACUGUGGGGGUCACAUACUACCCUGAGGUACCAGGUGAAUAUAAGAUCAAUGUUACCUAUGCCAAUUCUCACAUCAAGGAUUCCCCAUUCAAGGCUAAGAUCCUACCAGAAGAAGCUGCCAAUAAAGUGAAAUGCUAUGGUGAUGGAUUGACCACAGGAAGUGAGGGACAACCUGCAGUGUUCACUGUGGACACAAGGGAGGCACCUAAACCUGAAAAGAAGGUGGAUGUGAAGGUCAAAGGUCCAGGCCCGGCCAAGGUGGACAUGAAGAAGAAACCAGACACCACAACUGAGGUGACAUAUACCCCCACAAAGCCUGGAGAUUACUCCAUUGAUGUGACCUAUGAUGGAAAACCAGUUAAGGACUCUCCCUUCAAGGCCAAUAUCAAACCAGAGGAUGCAGCCAACAAGGUCAAGGCCUAUGGACCCGGACUCACAGGAGGCAGUGCUAAUGUCAAUGCUACCUUCACUGUGGAUUCCAAAGAAGCACCUGCACCAAAACAGAAUGUGGAUGUUAAGGUCAGUGGACCAGCACCAGUUCAACCGAAAUUGACCAAGAAACCAGAUGGAACAGUGGAUGUGGAUUAUGUUGCAACCAAACCUGGUGACUACUCCAUUGAUGUUACCUAUGGUAAUAAGCCCAUCAAGGAUUCUCCAUUCAAGGCUAAAAUUGUGCCUGAUGACUCUGCCUCUAAGGUUAUUGCUUAUGGUCCAGGGCUUACAAACGCUAGUGCCAAUGCUCCUGCCACUUUCACAGUGGAUACCAGGAGAGCCCCUGCCCAGGGCCAGAAGGUGGAUGUAGAUGUCAAAGGCCCAGCCCCUGUCAAACCAACAUUGACUCCAAAAGCAGAUGGCACUAUUGAUGUGGCUUACACAGCUACUGCCCCAGGUGACUAUACUAUUGAUGUCACCUAUGGAGAGAAAUCCAUCAAAGAUUCACCAUUCAAGGCAAAGGUAACAAAAGAUGUGGCCGACUCUCGUGUCAGAGCCUAUGGACCAGGUCUGGAGGGAGGAAAUGCAGAACAGCCAUGUAGCUUCACUAUUGAUUCUAGAAGGGCCACUGUUCCAGGUCCUGUUGGGGUCAAAGUUUUCGGACCCAAAGAAGCAAAGAUUGACAUGAAAUCCAACCCAGAUGGAACCUUUGGAGCAACUUAUAUGCCUACAAUGCCAGGCGAUUACACAGUGGAGGUCACUCAUAAUGAGAAACCUUUGGAGGAAUCUCCUUUCAAGGUGCACAUUGGCCCAGCCACAGGAGAACCUGUUGACACCACAGACAGUGGUGUCAAGGCUUAUGGCCCUGGAUUGAAGAAUGCUGUCACUGACAAACCAGCUGUUUUCACUGUGGAUGCUAGGAAUGCCAAAUACCCUGGAGCCAUCGGUGUAGGAAUUGAAGGACCCAAGGAAGCUACCAUUGACACAAAAUCCAAUCCUGAUGGUACUGUUGCUGUGACCUACUUCCCAACGGAACAAGGAGAGUACACAAUUAAUGUCACCUAUGAUGAUAAGCCCAUUAAGGAGUCGCCAUUCAAAUGUAGAGUCAGACCAUCUGCUGGAGAGAAACCCCUCACAGAGGCUGACCUCAGUGGGGUCAAAGUUUAUGGACCUGGCCUUAACCCUCAGGGAGUGUUCCUGGAUUCCCCCACAGAAUUCACUGUGGACGCCAAGUCUGUUACCCCCACUGGGGAGGGUAAUGUAAGAGCUAUUGUCAACAACCCCUCUGGUGUCAAGAACGAUACCAAGGUCACUAACAAAGGGGAUGGUACCUACGACGUACUCUACACACCUGUUGAAGAAGGAACAAUUGCCAUGGAUGUCACCUAUGACAAUAUGGCUAUUCCCAACAGCCCAUUCAAGGUCAAUGCUGUGCCAGGCUGCGAUGCCAGCCGUGUGAAGGCCUAUGGACCCGGGCUUGAAGGAGGCUACACCAACCAAUCCCAGGUGUUUACCAUUGACAUUAAAGGAGCCGGUCAGGGUGGUCUGGGACUCUCCAUCGAUGGACCCUCAGAAGUCCCCAUUAACUGUAAGGACAAUAGGGACGGAACAUGUACUGUGGAGUACAUGCCAAGCAAACCUGGGGAUUAUGAUGUGUCUGUCAAAUUCGCUGACCAGGAAAUUCCCAACUCACCUUUCCGAGUGGCUGUGAAGAACCCAGUCGAUGCCAAGAAGGUCAAAUGCUAUGGACCUGGAAUAGAGCCAAUGGGAGUGAAGACUGGUGCCCCAGCAACCUUCACCGUGGAUACCACAGAAGCUGGAGAGGCCCCAUUGGAGGUCACAUGUACUGACCAGAGAGGUCGUGUCCAGCCUGCCCAGCUGACCCCUGUGGCUGAGGGUGUGGUCGAUGCCACUUACUACCCUGUGGAGGAAGGACCGUGCAAGGUGGACGUCAAGUACGCAAACCAACAUGUACCAGGAAGUCCAUUCACCACCAAUGUGGAGCCAGGGGUGGAUGCCAGCCGGGUCCGUUUAUCUGGAGCCGGUGUCCAGGAGAAUAUCCCAGCCAGUUUACCGGUCAACUUCCUCAUCGACACCAGAGAGGCUGGCAUUGCUGACCUGGAAGUUCUUAUUAAGAGGCCUGAUGGUACAUAUGCUCACCCUCACAUCGUGGACAAUGGAGACGGAACCUUUACUGUGUCCUACGUACCAGACGACCUUGGAACUUACGAGAUCCUGAUCCGAUUUGGAGGACAGGUGGUACCCAACACGCCCCUCAAGGUCAACGCAUACCCAGUGGGUGAUGCCAGCAAGUGCAGAAUUACAGAGGGUCUGGAGAACACCACGGUCCCUAUCAACAAAGAAACGGUCAUCUGUGUGGACGCCUCCCAGGCCGGAGAAGGAAAGGUCACCUGUCGCAUCCGCAGCCCGAGCGGCAACGACAUCGAUAUUGACAUCGUGGAGAAUCCGGAUGGAACCUUCAGCCUCCUUUUCACACCCCAGAUGAUGGGUGCUUACACCAUUAACAUCAAGUUUGGUGGACAGAGUGUGCCCGGUGGAGAGUACGACAUCCAGGUCCUUACUAAUAGUGAUUGGGAAAUUUCGGCUGUUAGUCCUGAGGAGUAUGAGAAAUACCUGGAAGAUCAGGUUGGUGCCACAGAAGAUCUGAUUUCCCCAGACACAGUUGACGCAGUACAUGCUGGCGCCCCGGGGGCAGGGCUGUUCCAACCAGUAGAUAUCCGUAUCCCUGUCGGACCUAUCUUCAACUUUGUCUCUGCAUAUGUAGUCAUGCCCUCUGGAAAGAAGGCUUACCCCAAAAUCCAGGACAACAAGGAUGGUACCGUCACCGUUAGAUACCAGCCCACUGAGACCGGACUUCACGAACUCUUUGUCAAAUAUAACAAUGAUGAUAUUGAAGGAAGUCCAUUCAAAUUCCAUGUGGAUGCCGUUAACAGUGGACAUGUGACUGCUUACGGACCAGGUCUCUGUCAUGGAAUCGUUAACGAGCCGGCAGAAUUCACCAUCGUCACCAAAGACGCAGGUGCAGGUGGACUUUCUUUGGCCAUUGAGGGUCCUUCUAAGACAGAGAUUAAAUGUGUGGACAAUGGUGACGGAACCUGCACGGUCAGUUAUAUCCCCACCGCCCCGGGAGAAUACAACAUCACCGUCAAAUUCGCAGACAACCACAUCUCCGGAUCACCAUUCACUGCCAAAAUUAGUCCCACCGCUGGGGAACCACGCAGAAAGGCUCAGAUCGGACGCAGUAGCGAAGUCUCUUUGAAGGUCAUGGAACAGGACAUCAAUAACCUGACGGCCAGCAUUCGGUCACCCUCUGGCCGCGAGGAACCAUGUCUGCUUAAACGAUUGGCUAAUGGACAUCUCGGAAUAUCCUUUACUCCACGCGAGGUUGGUGAACACUUGGUAAAUGUCUUCAGAAAUGGUCAGCACAUUAACGGCAGCCCCUUCAAAAUUAUUGUUGGUGAGAGCGAACUCGGGAAUGCUAGCAAAGUCCGCGUCGCUGGACAGGGAUUACAGAGCGGCAUGGCUAAUGAGAUUAAUGAGUUCAUGGUGGACACUAGAGAUGCAGGAUAUGGUGGUCUGAGCCUGUCCAUUGAGGGCCCCAGUAAGGCCGACAUUGAGUGUCUGGACAACGAAGACGGGUCGUGUCGCGUGACCUACAAACCCACCGAACCCGGGAACUACAUUAUUAAUAUCAAGUUCUCCGACGAACACGUGCCAGGUUCUCCUUUCAAUGUUAACGUUGGUGGUGAGCCGUCGUCCAGGAUGACCGAGAGAAUUACCCGUCACAGAGAGGCAGCAGAUAUUACUCACAUUGGAAGUCAAUGUGAACUCAGUCUCAAGAUUCCAGUCGCAUUCUUUGCAAGAUGCGCUCAAUACCAAGAGGAAACUCAAAUUCAAACGACAACAGGAACCAGUCCUUUCGACAUGACUGCCUCGGUUACCAGCCCCUCCGGUGUGACUGAGUUGUGUGACAUUGUCAGUCUAGACGAUAACCACUACAGCAUUAAGUUUGUUCCCAAGGAGAUGGGCGUCCACACAGUUAGUGUUAAACACAAGGACAUGCACAUCCCAGGAAGUCCAUUCGAGUUUACUGUGGGUCCCAUCACAGGAGGUGGAUCACAUAAGGUCCAUGCUGCUGGUCCAGGUCUGGAGAAGGGAGAAAUCAACCAACCAUGUGAGUUUAACAUUUACACACGAGAGGCUGGUGCUGGCGGUCUGUCCAUUGCUGUGGAGGGUCCCUCUAAAGCGGAACUAGACUUUGAUGACCGUAAGGAUGGGUCUUGUGGUGUGAAGUAUGUGGUCACUGAACCAGGGGAGUACCUGGUGUCUGUUAAAUUCAAUGAUGAACACAUCCCCGAGUCCCCUUUCAAGGUCUACAUCACACCCAGUAUUGGGGAUGCCCGAAAGCUGUCUGUAGCAGCACUGCAACAGAAGGGACUGCAGGUUGGAAAACCAGCAGCCUUUGUUGUCAACUUCAAUGGUGCUUCCAAGGGUAAACUCAGAGCCAGAGUUAUCUCCCCAUCAGGAACUGAAGAAGAGGCUCUCAUCCAGGAAAUAGAUGAUGGAGAGUAUGCAGUCAGAUUCAUCCCCAGAGAGAAUGGAGUUCACAAUGUGUUUGUAACGUUUGAUGGAUGUGACAUCCCAGACAGUCCAUUCAGAAUUCUUGUCGGUAAAGUGGACGCUGACCCAGGCAUGGUUACAGCAUCUGGAGAUGGACUCCGCACGGGACAGACAGGUCAAACUUGUAAAUUUGUUGUCAACACCUGUAACGCUGGAGCAGGUGCCCUGGCAGUCACUGUAGAGGGACCCUCCAAGGUCAAACUGGAGUGUAAAGAAGUGGACGAGGGUUAUGAGUUCACCUACAGCCCCACCGCCCCCGGAGACUACAUGAUCAGUAUCCGAUACGCUGGGGUCAAUAUUGCUGGUAGUCCUUUCAAAGCCAAGAUUGAAGGACCAGGCAAACCAAGUGGAUACCAUGAACAGGCCUCCGUUGUCGUGGAAACAGUAACAAAGACCAGUGUUAUGAGUAAGUUCAGUGGACUACAGAAAUUCCAGUCUGAUGCUAGCCGGUGUACCGCGGAGGGAAUGGGUCUGAAGAAAGCAUUCAGAGGAAAACAAGCCACGUUUAGUGUCGACACUUCACAAGCUGGUAAUAACAUGAUGUUUGUUGGAAUGAUGGGCCCCAAAGGACCUUGUGAAGAACUGUGUGUCAAAAACCAGGGAGGCUAUGUGUACAAAAUUAACUAUAUUGUCCGUGAGCGCGGGGAUUACAUGCUUGUCGUUAAGUGGGGAGACCAACAAAUCCCUGGCAGUCCGUUCUGUGUACAUGUCGAUUAAAAGUGUGUCUGGAUUUUAUUUUAGGUUUUUUCAAAUUAUGUGUGGCAUAAAGUAAUAUAUAUAUAUUUUCAUUCAUUCAUCUAUUGACGGACAUUUUUAUCUCAUGUGAUUGUAACAUUUUUUCAUACCAAUGUUCAAAGAUCUGAAGGCCACGGAACAAGUUCUUAUUUCAAAUUGGUGCUGCUAGAACUAUAAUUAUCGUUUUUCAAUGGGAUCGUGUUUUUUUUUUCUAGGUCUAUAUUUUAUUACAGUUGAAACUCAAAUUAUGCAAGUGAAUAGAUAGGUAGACAGAAUUUUUUAGUAUGCAGUGCACUAUAUCUGGUAUAUAUGUGAGGACAAAUGUACUUAAUACCCGAGUUUGAUAAAUGGUGAAUUUUUUCCAGCAUGCUUUAUAUGUCCAUAUCAAAUGCUCAAUAUUUUCGUAAGAAAGGCUGAAAUUUGAUCAAUUUCAAAGUGAUAUUUUUAGGAAUCGAGGGCAUUGUAAGGUUUUGUAAUGUGCAGUGCACUUUUCAAGUUGUGCUAUUGUGCAGUGCACUUUUCAAGUUGUGCUAUGUACAAGUCUUGCCAUUGAUUUAUAAUUACCCACAAAUGACACAGUUUGCAUGUACUUGAUAAAUAUCUGGACUUUGUAGAACAACUUGUGUCAUACUGUAUGGUAUUAGAGAAAAAAAAAAGAGAUCAUUGACCUUACUUUUCUUAGUGGACAAAAAUUGUGCUUCCCUAUAUAUUAUAUUCUUAAAUAAUUAAUGGUUGAGUUUUGUAUGUUGAGUAAAUGUAUAUAAUUAUACAUUAAUAUUAAAGUUAUUGCUUUAUUUUCAUGAUAUUUGUAUAUGAACUUUAAGUAUUUACUAAUGCAAUAAUAUGUGUUUUUGAUGGAUUGUUAUUCAUAAUCUUUAUGUGCAAUUACAAUAUUGCAAAACAAAGAAAAAAAAAUUUUCCCGUCUUUAUUUUAUUGUUUUAUUAAUUUCCAUAGGUGUACAAAUGUACUUUUAAUGCUGUUUUGUUAUGGAAGUAUACAUAUAUAUUUAAAACAAUCAUAAUAAGCCUAUUAUUUUUGUUUAUUUAGUUAAUAAGUUAAUAAAUUUUGUUCCAACAAGGUCUUGUAAAGUGUUGGAAGAUUCUACAAAUUGUUCCAGUUUAUUUUGAUACAGAUUUACAUAUAAAAAUUGUGGUUCAAAAAUCCACAUAUAAAAUAUAUAUGGCAUUUCUGCAAAGGGUAUGUAUUUUUUUUUAAUCAUGCAUUUUUCACGUAUAGUUAGGCUUAGCCCCACCCCCUUUGCUUUAUUGACAUAUGAUCAGAGUUAACUGCCCUUUACACUUUUACCACUAGAUGUCGCAUGCCUUGUAUGAGAAAGAUUCUAUUAUGUUGCUACUGUUAAUGUAUGCUGAUUUAUAAAAAUAAAUCUAUUGAAAAAACA